AUGGCAUCUCGAUUCGCAGCUGGUAUUUUCGGGCGUAACUUGACAGCCACGUCGGCUGGUGCUGUUCGCGCGCACACUGCGGGUGUUCGCAGGCUCGCCACGGCGGCUGGCGAGAACGAGUUUGUUGCCGAACGCAUGCAUCACAAGGAGCACGCUGCAAAAUCGGCUGACCUGUGGCGCAAAGUGUCGCUCUACGUCUGUAUCCCGGGAUCCAUUGUCCUGGGCGUGUACAUCUACGGCAUCGAGAAGCACCACUACGACCACAUGGUGCACGAGUACCACGAAAACGACAACCAGCCUCCCGAACGCACCUUCUACGAGUACAACAACAUCCGCCGAAAGGCGUUCCCCUGGGGCGACGGAAGCAAGAGCUUCUUCCACAACCACAUGAUCAACUACGAGAAGGCCCCUUAA